AUGAUUUUCAUUGCUCUUAUUUUUCUUCCUUUCUUCUCUUUAGUGACUAUAUCUCGUCUUCCUUUCUUCUCUUUAGUGACUAUAUCUCGUCUUCCUUUCUUCUCUUUAGUGACUAUAUCUCGUCUUCCUUUCUUCUCUUUAGUGACUAUAUCUCGUCUUCCUUUCUUCUCUUUAGUGACUAUAUCUCGUCUUCCUUUCUUCCCUUUAGUGACUAUAUCUCGUCUUCCUUUCUUCCCUUUAGUGACUAUAUCUCGUCUUCCUUUCUUCCUUUAUGACUAUAUCUCGUCUUCCUUUCUUCCCUUUAGUGACUAUAUCUCGUCUUCCUUUUCUUCCUUUAGUGACUAUAUCUCGUCUUCCUUUCUUCCCUUUAGUGACUAUAUCUCGUCUUCCUUUCUUCCUUUAGUGACUAUAUCUCGUCUUCCUUUCUUCCCUUUAGUGACUAUAUCUCGUCUUCCUUUCUUCCCUUUAGUGACUAUAUCUCGUCUUCCUUUCUUCCCUUUAGUGACUAUAUCUCGUCUUCCUUUCUUCCCUUUAGUGACUAUAUCUCGUCUUCCUUUCUUCCCUUUAGUGACUAUAUCUCGUCUUCCUUUCUUCCCUUUAGUGACUAUAUCUCGUCUUCCUUUCUUCCCUUUAGUGACUAUAUCUCGUCUUGCUUUCUUCCCUUUAGUGACUAUAUCUCGUCUUCCUUUCUUCCUUUAUGACUAUAUCUCGUCUUCCUUUCUUCCCUUUAGUGACUAUAUCUCGUCUUCCUUUCUUCUCUUUAGUGACUAUAUCUCGUCUUCCUUUCUUCUCUUUAGUGACUAUAUCUCGUCUUCCUUUCUUCCCUUUAGUGACUAUAUCUCGUCUUCCUUUCUUCCCUUUAGUGACUAUAUCUCGUCUUCCUUUCUUCCCUUUAGUGACUAUAUCUCGUCUUCUUUUCUUCAAAAAAGUGACUAUAUCUCGUCUUCCUUUCUUCCCUUUAGUGACUAUAUCUCGUCUUCCUUUCUUCCCUUUAGUGACUAUAUCUCGUCUUCCUUUCUUCCCUUUAUGACUAUAUCUCGUCUUCCUUUCUUCCCUUUAGUGACUAAUAUCUCGUCUUCCUUUCUUCCCUUUAGUGACUAUAUCUCGUCUUCCUUUCUUCUCUUUAGUGACUAUAUCUCGUCUUCCUUUCUUCUCUUUAGUGACUAUAUCUCGUCUUCCUUUCUUCUCUUUAGUGACUAUAUCUCGUCUUCCUUUCUUCUCUUUAGUGACUAUAUCUCGUCUUCCUUUUCUUUUUUCUUUAGAAACUAUAUCUAA